AUGUGCCUCUGCCCUGUGUGCGGCACACAUGCCGCCGCUGAACGAGGCCAGCUGUGCGGCGCGUUCCCUCCAAGGCCUAGCCAAAUACACCACUCGUGCCGCGACCUCAAGACUCUUGAGGCACAAAUUUCAACCACCAAAACUUUUCUAGCCCACCUGGAAUCCCACCUCCUCAUUCUCAGAUCGGAAUGCAACCGCGCUCAUGAUCGCUUCACCCACCAACUUCCUCCAGAGAUCAUCUCCCGCAUCUUCGGCUUCUGCGUAUCGCGAGAAGGAGACCUCUCUCCGUUCGACCUCGGUACUGUCUGCAAAAGAUGGCGCGAAAUUGCGUGGUCCACCUCUCAGCUAUGGACCUCGCUCGACGUCGACCUAAACUGGCUCGAGAUAAAUUCUCAGGCGCGCAGCUGGCUCAUCGAGGAGUGGCUGUCGCGUAGUGGGGAGCUUCCUCUUUCGAUCAGCGUUACAUAUGUGGAGAUGGACCUAGCGCCACCUCCACAUGCUAUCCUCGAGAACAUUGUGGACGUCCUCAACCGAUUUUCGCGACGUUGGCAGGAUUUAGACUUAUCCAUUCCAUUCACUCUCCUGCCCGCUCUCUGUGGAAACGGAGACGGUGUUUCAAUACUCAACACUCUGCACAUAAGUCCCCCUGAGAUUCUCGACGACGCAGAGGAGGAAGUCGUGCCCCAGCUUGCGUACCCAUUCCAAAUCACCAAUGCGAUUCCCAGUCCACAACGCGUCGCGAUUACCAGCUUCCCUUUCAGCAUGGUGGGGAUCGAUUGGCUGAACGUCACCGACAUAUCCUUUUACGCCAUACCAAUUUACGACUUUCACUCACUUCUUCGCGAGGCUCCUAAUUUGAUCAAGUGCGUAGUUGACAUCCAGGACGAUACCAGCCGCCCUCCUGCGCCACCAAUCAUCGAGCGACCGUGUCUAAUAGACCUCUAUAUCGGCCUCCAUCAAACAUUUCAAACAUCACCGUCUCUCAUCUUCGACCCUAUAUCGCUUCCGAGGCUGAAGAAGGCCACCUAUCGUUGCAGACACCAGCCAUUCGCUGCAUUCACCGCCUUCAUCGAACGGUCGCGAUGUUCCUUGGAAACCCUCAUCCUCGACGGAGUCGUCGACGAAGGAGCAGGUCUGGACAUCAUUUUCAUGGACGACGACGACAUUUGGAACCCCCUUUAG